AUGUCUGAAAUAGAGAAACUGUUCAAACGAAUUGAACAGGAUACGAAUGGCCAGCUGGAUAUACUCGUCAACAAUGCUUUUUCGGCCAUAAAAGCAAUAACGGAUGUAGAUGGCCGGAAAUUCUGGGAAAUGGAACCCGAACUUUGGGACCAGGUGAAUGAUGUCGGUCUUCGUAAUCACUAUUACUGCAGUGUAUAUGCAGCACGCAUGAUGGCCAAACGUCAGACAGGAAUCAUUAUUAAUAUAAGCUCUGCCGGAGGUCUGUUUUAUCUUUUUACGGUUCCAUAUGGAGUCGGUAAGGCAGCGAUGGAUCGUAUGGCAUCCGAUAUGGCAGCUGAGCUGCGCAGCCGAGGAGUCACUGUGGUAUCGCUUUGGCCAGGAGUCGUUCGCACCGAGCUAGUUGAGAAAGCAGCAGAAAGUGGUGUAUUCGAAAAGGGCGGCGACAAAAUAACGCGAAGCAUUGGAAAACUGAUCAAAGAUGGUGAAACACCAGAAUUUGCUGGGAAAGCAGUUGUUACUCUGGCAACAGAUCCAAACGUGAUGAAGAAAACUGGCAGAAUAUUAAUAGCAGCUGAUCUGGGGAUCGAUUACAAGUUUCAGGAUAUUGACGGACGUCAGCCAGAAAGUUUGCGUGGAUUAAAAAUGCUUCUUAGCCAUGUGGGCCGAGCUGACAUCGGCGCAUAUUUCCCAGCAUGGUUGCGUGUUCCUGGCUGGCUGAUUACUGCUAUCAAAAGCCGUCUGUAA